UGUAUUUUUUUUCCAUAUGCCUUGAUGGCCAAUAUUUCCUGGCGUCUCAGAAGAAAAUAAAAGCGUGAAGAACGGGGUCUGUGAAAGAGCUAGAACAUGUGGGCCGCGUGAGGAAUGUGCGCGGCCGAAUCGCAAGUCACUGCGGCAGGGACCGGCGAGGACGCGGCGUGGGGCGGACGCUGACGCAGAGGGGGCGGGGCCUGUGCUGAGCAGCGUGGCGGAUUGUGCGCGACUGCCGGUUCCGGGGGAGGGCGGAACCAGGCUGGGUGGGCGGGGAAUGUGGCUGGUCACCUGGCCGCCUCCGAGAGAGAGAAGAUUAUAAAUGCCAGAGCCAUUUAACUGAUGGUUAGCUGUUGAAUUCUGACACUUCUUUUAAAUACCUUCCUGCACCAAGGUCCUAACUGGGAAGAAUUCGGGAAAAAUAGCAGUGGAAAAGAGAUCAACACAUGUACCAUGGCUAUACCUAUAACAGUGCUUGAUUGCGACCUCUUACUGUAUGGCCGAGGUCACCGGACAUUGGACCGUUUUAAGUUGGAUGAUGUGACCGAUGACUACUUGAUGUCCAUGUAUGGGUUUCCGCGACAGUUUAUUUAUUAUUUGGUGGAGCUCUUGGGAGCGAGUCUUUCUAGACCUACUCAGAGAUCCAGGGCUAUUAGCCCAGAGACACAGAUCCUCGCAGCACUGGGUUUCUAUACGUCAGGCUCCUUCCAAACUCGGAUGGGAGAUGCUAUAGGAAUCAGCCAGGCAUCUAUGAGUCGAUGUGUUGCCAACGUCACCGAAGCGCUUGUGGAAAGAGCCUCGCAGUUCAUUCGCUUUCCAGCUGGCGAAGCCUCCAUCCAGGCUCUGAAGGAUGAAUUCUAUGGGUUGGCUGCGAUGCCAGGGGUAAUAGGAGUGGUUGACUGUAUCCAUGUGGCAAUCAAGGCACCAAAUGCUGAAGACCUCUCCUACGUGAACCGCAAAGGUCUGCAUUCUUUAAACUGCCUGAUGGUUUGUGACAUCAGAGGCGCACUAAUGGCUGUGGAAACAAACUGGCCAGGCAGCCUGCAGGACUGUGCUGUGCUGCAGCAGUCUUCUCUCAGUAGCCGGUUCGAAGCUGGCAUGCACAAAGAGAGCUGGCUGCUUGGUGACAGUUCCUUUUUUCUCCGUACCUGGCUUAUGACACCACUUCACAUUCAUGAAACUCCAGCUGAAUAUCGCUAUAAUGUGGCCCAUUCUGCAACUCACAGUGUGAUUGAAAAGACUUUCCGAACCCUCUGCUCCCGAUUCCGCUGCCUGGAUGGGUCCAAGGGGGCUCUACAGUACUCACCAGAGAAGUCCAGCCACAUCAUCUUGGCUUGUUGUGUCCUCCACAACAUCUCCUUGGAGCAUGGAAUGGAUAUUUGGUCUUCUCCGAUGACAGGACCCAUGGAACAACCGCCUGAGGAAGAGUAUGAGCACAUGGAGUCCCUGGACCUAGAGGCUGACCGGAUCCGUCAGGAGCUGAUAUUCACUCAUUUUAGCUAAUGUGAAGGGGGGGGGGGGGGGGACUUCCCAGAAGGAGCUAUGACAAACUUUCUCCCUCACCAGCCUCUACACAGUACCAUCAUCUAGCAUGACUAAGUGUGGACACUUGUCACGAAUUGACAUUUAAUCUGUGUGUUUUUUAGAAGAGUUGUGGCUAUACCAGAACAUUUUGAUUCAUUUGUAUUUCUAUUAAUAUUAACUAA